UGAUCAAUACAUUGCGAAGAUACUUAUCAAACACUAUUUCACUUAAAAUCAUAGAUUUCUAACAUAAAACACUAAUAUGUCCUCAAAAACAUAACAAAUAAUGCUAUCCAAAUGAAUUUUCUUCUACAUGUAAUACAAAACCGUAACAAAAAUGUUGGCAGUACUUAUACUGAAUCGACUGAAUAAACUACGCGAAGCUAGAAAACAAAAGAGUCCCAAUGCAGUUCCUGCUGAAAAGAAGCCAGCUUUAGAAGAAAUUAUGUAUUGUAGGACUUGCUUGGGGACCGAUGAUCUAGUUUCGAUAUUUUUUAAUAAAGAGGAUGAGACAAAAAAGUCCGAGGACUUAAGACUGGUUACGGGAUUGGAGAUAAAAAUGAAUGAUGGACUAUCGCAGAAGAUCUGUGCACAAUGCAUAGAGAUCAUGAACACAGCGCUACAGUUCAGACGGACAAGCAGGAAGGCGGAAAGGACAUUAAUUAAAUUAGCUUCGGGUGACCUUUCAAAAAAGAAAUCCCCGACUGGUCUCCAGAAGCCAUCAACAAAGCCAAAACUGAAGACAGCCAAAGUGGAAAAGGUGGAAAUGAACGACUACAGCUAUGAGAUAUACAGCGAGGAGUUCCAGAACGAUGGAGAGGAUUACCAGGAAUUCAUGGCUGAUAAGGAGGCUGAACGGAGAAAGGAGAAGGAAGACAAGAAGACCCGCAAGAAGAUAUCGGACCAGGUCCGCGGCUCGUACAAGUGCCAGCAGUGCGGCAAGGAGUUCCGCAUGAGGGCCACCUUCAAGGCCCACGUGAGGUUUCACACCAACUACUGUGUUUGUGAGUUGUGCGGCAAGCGCUGCCGCAACAACGUGCAGCUGCAGGAGCACAAGCGCGCGCGCCACGGCCUGCGCCGCAUCCACCAGUGCAACUACUGCGACUACUCGUCCGCCACCAAGGAGGCGCUCACGAUCCACGAGCGGCGCCACACGGGCGAGCGUCCCUACGUGUGCGACCACUGCGGCGCCACCUUCCACCGCCGCUCCAACCUCGUCCAGCACAUCGCCAUACAUCUGCCCGAGAAGAACUUCCAGCUAUACCUGACAGUGCGACAUGUGCCCGAAGCGGCUGAAGUCGCGCAAGUUCCUCCAGAUCCACAAGCACAACGCGCACACGGGCAAGCGCUACGGCUACCUGUGCGGCAUAUGCGAGCAUCGCUUCGAGAAGCCGAACAAAGUGCGCGCGCAUAUGCGCCGCGUGCAUGGCCUGCCCGACGAACAGUUCGGCCCGAUUGUUAGGGUGCAACUUUAAUGGGCCUUAUUAGAACCAGAAGGCUUUGUUUGAAACCUAGGGCCUUGUUAGAUUCGUCUGUCGUUAAGUCUUUUGUACAUUACUUAGUUAAUUAGGGUUUUAUGAGUUACUGUUUAGGCCUUAAUAGGUUACGGCUUUAUUAGGGGCCUUGUUAGGUUUGCAGUUCAGACAAAUUGUUUAUUUAUUAUUAAGUCAAGGUUAUGUUUUUUGGACUCCUUGCGAUUUGAUUUAGACUCUAUAAAGCAGUGUCUUAGGAUUUAAUAAGGCCUAUUGUCUGCAGACAUUAAACUUUUAUAGGGCCUAAGCUUAACCAUUAUUGAGUCCAACUUUCAAGUGUCAUGUCAUAUUUGAAAAGCAUAAAAGUGAUUCUGUGUGUACGUAGCAACGUAGCGGAAAGACUUGCCUUUAGUUUUUAAAUCUUCGAUGUUUUUUUGGUGCGUUUUAUCUAAUUGUACUUGCCCAACAGUGGGCUGUACAGGAUAGAAGAAAAUGAUGAUAUAUGUAAAGUAAAUUUACUAAAAUAAUACUUAAGUAAUUAGUUUUAAUUAAGCAUUACUCAAUAAUAGUCUUUUAGAAAGAGAAGAGGUAUUCAUAUCUUUACUCCAUUUGUUUAGGUACUCAAAUA